AUGCUAGACGACGAAAUUUAUGAGGGCUUGAAAGUUGCUCUAGACGCUGGGUUUGUUGACGAGCGAGAGGAUGCAUGUGGUGGGCCAAAUCAACGGGCCGACAGCCCUCACAGCCACCACCAUUUCUCUUUCGCGACUUCCACCACAAGCACUGCGUCUUUCGCUCUCAUGACAGCGAAAUCGGCCGCAUGGGCAAGAUACGGCCUGGGGGUGGCGGACGUGGUUGAGGCUGGUGGUAAGCAUAGAUGGGCGAAGAUGGCCAGCGUGACAAUCGCCAUUUUCUUCUGGUCCUCCACCACGGACACCUUCCUUGCCCCAGCUCCUCUCAACCACAUCGACUCAACACCCGUUUCAGUUUCAAGGCUCGAGAAGCUGGCUAGCAGCUUGCCUCGAGUCGUUCCUGGCCAAUACCACACAGUGCUGGUGCCUCAAAAGCCGACAUCGUCUAGUUUUUGGGAGGAGGGACUCAGGAUGGCGGCAAUGACGAGCCUGCUGGUCGCGUUUCCAUGUUUGCGAACGGCAGCCAUCUCCCACUGA